AAACCCAAAAAACCUUACAUUAUCCUCUUGAACAAAAACCCAAAAAAGCUCAAAACUUUCUCACAACGACAACGUUCAUCUAUGGCGUCGACGAUUUCUCUGACCGGUCAGAUGCCAAGCCUACGAGGAGUAAAUGACAGGAGAAAGCCUUUCACUUCGUCGCACUCCCUCUGUAACCUGACGUCAAAUCCAAAUUCAGUGGAUCUGCAGAUGUUAUCUCAGGCUCGUCAAGGUAAAUAUGGGCAUAAAGGUAGAUCCUUCCGUGUCUAUGGUCUAUUUGGAGGGAAAAAGGACGAGAAGAGUGAAGAUGCGCCUUCAAAGGCAGGAAUUCUUGGAAACAUGCAGAAUCUUUUUGAGACUGUGAAGAAGGCACAAAUGGUUGUCCAAGUUGAGGCAGUACGUGUGCAAAAGGAACUUGCUGCGGCAGAGUUUGAUGGUUAUUGCGAAGGUGAGCUAAUCAAGCUUAUGUUUAUAGGUAACACUCACUGGAAACCAGCAACCUGUUCGCACAGAGAUCACCGAGGCUGCAAUGGAAUUAGGGUCAGAGAAACUUUCGCUUUUAGUUACCGAGGCAUACAAGGAUGCCCACCAGAAAAGUGUGCAGGCCAUGAAGGAGAGGAUGAGUGAUCUUGCUCAGAGCUUGGGAAUGCCUCCGGGUGCUGGCGAGGGAUUAAAGUGAUAUUAGUUUCUUAUCAUACUGGUAUUUGAGAUGAACUUCAAUUUUGGUACACGAACAGAACAGGAAUCCUUGUAUUAGGACAUUCGCACUAACAUUGUUCGUUUCAAAUUGAAGAGUAGAGAGAUAUUUUGAAACCUGUGGUGCACCUAAUUUUGCAGUAGAUGAAUUCCUACAAAAUGUAAAGGAUUCAGCUUUUCUUAAUGUGGUUUACCAAUUACCAUA